UAUUUGUGCAAACUGCGCCGCACUUCAUCUGAUUAAAAUCUAUCAAAUUAUAAUUGGAUUUUUGAGUGGUAUCCAAACAGAUAUCUGUGAUAUAAAUUUAACUAAUUUUUACACAGUGCGUGAAAAAAAAAAGCGAAAGAUGUCUACACCGGUCGUAAUUGCUGCAACAGCAAGACACACGGCAACGCUCAUAUUCUUCCAUGGACUAGGAGAUACGGGACACGGAUGGGCUAGCUCUAUGGGAGCUGUGAGAGCUCCUCACGUAAAAGUCAUCUGUCCAACUGCACCAACUAUGCCAGUGACACUUAAUGGUGGCUUUCGAAUGCCUUCCUGGUUUGAUCUGAGAUCUCUGGACCCAUCAGGCCCCGAAGACGAAGAGGGUAUUUGUCGAGCAACUGAAGUUGUGCAUUCUUUAAUUGCACAAGAAGUUGCUGCCGGUAUUCCAACCAAGAGAAUUGUUAUUGGAGGCUUUAGUCAAGGUGGAGCCUUAGCAAUAUACAGUGCUCUUACAUUUCCUGAGCCAUUAGCUGGCGUUAUAGCUUUGUCUGCUUGGUUGCCUCUGCAUCAGAGGUUCCCCGCAGAUGCAGUAGGCAACAAAAAUGUCCCGUUGCUACAGUGUCACGGCGAUUGCGAUCCACUAGUUCCUUACAAAUGGGGACAGAUGACAGCUUCUCUACUGAAGCAGUUUAUGACAAAUACGGAGUUUAAGACAUAUGGAGGAGUGAUGCACACAUCUUGCGACGAGGAGAUGCGUGACAUGAAAGCGUUUGUAGAAAAAGUUCUGAAGCCAUAAUGAAUGAAACUAAUUGUACGAAUGUUAAAUAAAUAAUAAAAAUAA